GAGAGGCCGCGGCUGCACCGGGAGGGAGUCGGGCCCGGCCCGGCCCGGCCCGGCAGAGGGGUCUCUCCCUAUUUUUUAAGUUUGUUUUGUUGAGGCAGAAGAAAAAAGAUCAAAAUGGGGCGGAGAUCUACAUCAUCCACCAAGAGUGGGAAGUUUAUGAAUCCCACGGAUCAGGCCCGGAAGGAAGCUAGGAAAAGGGAACUAAAGAAGAACAAAAAGCAACGAAUGAUGGUACGAGCAGCUGUACUGAAGAUGAAAGAUCCAAAGCAGAUUAUCCGGGACAUGGAAAAAUUGGAUGAGAUGGAGUUUAACCCAGUACAACAGCCGCAACUUAAUGAAAAAGUGCUGAAGGAUAAACGCAAAAAACUCCGUGAGACGUUUGAACGUAUCUUGCGGCUCUAUGAGAAGGAGAAUCCUGACAUCUAUAAAGAACUGCGCAAGUUGGAAGUGGAGUACGAGCAGAAGAGAUCACAACUCAGCCAGUAUUUUGAUGCUGUCAAGAAUGCUCAGCAUGUUGAAGUGGAAAGUAUCCCCUUACCAGAUAUGCCUCACGCUCCCUCCAACAUCCUCAUACAGGACAUUCCCCUUCCAGGGGCCCAGCCACCUUCUAUCCUCAAGAAGACAUCAGCCUAUGGACCUCCAGUUCGGUCCAUUUCUGUACUUCCUCCUCCUGGGCUUGGUGUUCCACGUUUACCUCCAGGCAGGAAGCCCCCUGGACCUCCACCAGGGCCACCCCCUCCUCAGGUCCUGCAGAUGUAUGGCCGUAAAGUGGGUUUCACCUUGGAAAUGGCUCCUCGAAGGCGAGAGGAGGAGAUUUCUUACAGUUCUGAAGCAGGACAGCGAGGGCAUGAUGAUGAUAUGUCCAGCACUAGUGAAGAUGAAGGUUAUCCUGAGGAUAUGGAUCAAGACAAGCAUGAUGAGAGCAGCGAUGACAGUGACAGCGAUAGGUCAGAUGCGGACAGUGAAGGCGAGGACUUCCUGCAUCGUGACAAUGACAAGGAGAGGGAAGGUGGUGAAGAAAAGAAAUCAGGUCAUAGUGUCCGGUUUGCAGACAUGCCUGGGAAGUCACGAAAAAAGAAAAAGAACAUGAAAGAACUGACUCCACUCCAGGCCAUGAUGUUACGAAUGGCAGGUCAGGAAAUUCCAGAAGAAGGGAGAGAAGUGGAAGAAUAUUCAGAAGAGGAAGAGGAGGAGGAAGAGGAAUCAGAGUCUGAAGAGACAUCACAGCAACAGCAGCAGCAGCAACAACAGCUCAGUGAGGAAACUCUGGCAGAGACCGGGUCAUCUACUGCAACUUCCCAGACACAGCAGCAGCAACAGACUGCGCAGAGUGUUCCUCCAACUCAGAUACAGGCACCUCCUAUGCCUGGGCCUCCUCCACUAGGACCACCUCCAGCCCCUCCACUGAGGCCCCCAGGCCCACCCACCGGCCUUCCUCCUGGCCCUCCACCAGGAGCUCCUCCGUUCCUGAGACCUCCUGGCUUACCAGGAUUGCGUGGGCCUUUGCCUCGACUGCUGCCACCAGGCCCCCCUCCUGGACGACCACCCGGUCCUCCCCCAGGCCCCCCACCAGGUCUGCCCCCUGGUCCUCCUCCACGUGGUCCUCCUCCUCGUCUGCCCCCUCCUGCCCCACCAGGUAUCCCUCCUCCUCGCCCAGGCAUGUUGCGGCCACCUCUGGUGCCCCCAUUAGGACCUGCCCCACCUGGGCUCUUUCCACCAGCUCCCAUUCCAAAUCCCGGGGUACUGAGCGCCCCACCCAGCUUGAUUCAGCGCCCCAAGGCGGAUGACACCAGUGCAGCCACCAUCGAGAAGAAAGCCACGGCCACAAUCAGUGCCAAGCCGCAGAUCACCAACCCCAAGGCAGAGAUCACCCGCUUUGUGCCCACUGCCUUGCGAGUGCGCCGGGAGAAUAAAGGGGCUUCAGCUGCCUCCCAGAGAAAACAAGAUGAUGAGCCUGCCCUGCCAUUAACCAAAGCUGCCCCCAAGGCUGGAUCGUCUGCCCCUAUCUCUGUACAGACAAAGGAUGAUGUGUAUGAAGCCUUCAUGAAAGAAAUGGAAGGUCUCCUGUGACCUGUCAUAGUCCUAGUCAGCUUUCCUGCCCCUCUGGACAGAUCAGAUCACUGUGGAGGGAGGAGAAGGGAAAGUCCUCCUGCAAGCAACGAAAGGGCUCACAUGACAGGGAAUAGUUCCUUACCCCCCAGGUUAACUUGCCAGUGUGCUGUGAAUAGAUGGGGUGUGGCUGGGGACCUCCUCUCAGAGCUAGAGCAUGUCCACUUGGUGAAAGGAAAUCACAAUAAGGAGGGCAAUGCUGCUCCCCUCAAGUCCUCCCCCUUCCUUGGAGGGAGAUAGUGAUACUCUGGGGAGGGGAGUGUGGGAUAGGGAGGUGACUAUGCUCUGCCUGAAUCCUUACACACCCCGAAUGCUCUGGUGAGGGUAGUGGAACAGGUUUUUUAAGGAGCCAGAAAAGAGUUAGCAGCAUUUCAUACACAAAUGGUUGUCCAGUUUUUAUUUUCUGUACUGGUUGUUUUUUCUGUAAAUAUUUUAUAAUCAUGUUUUUUAGUUGCAGUGAGGUUGAUGAAUCAUCUUUCUUCCAGGGUGGUCAGGGAGAUAAUUUGUUGCGUAUACUGUACACUGGAAUUUUGCACCCUAUCCCCUUUAUGGUCAUCUUGAUGGAUUGUCAUCGGCUGGGGAAACUUCAUUUUGUCUUGUGAAAGACAAUAAAUGUUCAGUGUAUCAAAA